CAGAGAUCAAACUAGUGCUGUGGACAGUGGAUAGUUAGUUCUACGUAAAUGUGACAGUGCGAGUGAACGUUGACGAAAGAAAGAUCAAUGGCACCAACUUUGUAUGACGAGAAGCCAGAACCCGGAGACCUGAUAGAAAUAUUUCGUGGAUCUUACCAACAUUGGGCCAUUCACGUCGGAGACGGCUAUGUUGUUCAUUUGGCGACCCCUAGUGAGAUGGCCAGUGGUACAGCUUUAAUGUCAGUGCUCGGUGACAAAGCCAUCGUGAAGAAAGAGGAGCUUUGGGAGGUAGUGGGAACGGACAAGUACGUCAUUAACAACUUGCUUGAUAAGAAAUAUGAACCACGGCCCAGUGAAGUAAUUCUGCGGGAGGCUCAGAGACUGGUGGGUCAGGAGCUUCCCUUCUGUGUCUUCAGUGGCAACUGUGAGCACUUUGUCACUGAGCUGCGAUACGGGAAGGCGGAAUCGCGCCAGGUGCGUAAAGCGGCGGAGGUUGGUCUCGGUGUGGCUGUGGCAGGUCUGAUCGGGGUGGGGGCUGUUGCUUUGGCAGCAGCUCUUUUUGGUUCAGGGAAGAAAGAGAAGAAAGAGACACAGUGAACUCCAAGCUCAAUCUGAGUCUGCCCAAAGCACACACGGUCACCAGCAGGCCUUCGGACGUCUCCAUGUUACAUUGUGCCUUCUACUUAUGCAAAAAAGCAACAGCGUGUGAUCUUGAAUGUGUGAUAUUAGAAUUCAAAUUACAUUGGCAUCGAAUAAACUGUUCUAGGCAG